AUGAGUAAGGAAAGAUGGUACGGCAGCAAGUCUGGAAAUGACAUUACUGAUGAUUUCGUCAGAAGUGAGGCGAAUUGUGAGGUGAAGCUGCGAAAUGAAAAAGGGGAUAAUCAGUUCUUACUAGGAGUGUACUUGGAGGCUCAGACACUGAGGAUUCUAGGGGCCAUUGCCCAGUCGCCGAUCUUUGCAGCGACUGAGGGCUACCACUUCCGAGACUUUCAGGGGUUUAGAGUGCGCGCGCCACCCCCAAAGCCGGGCGUGGCAUUUCAUUCUGGCCUCGUGUAUCCCCGACAGAAUCUCGAUGUCCAACUCCACUGCGACACAAACGGUGCUUCAGUGUUGUGGAGCCCCACUAAAGGUGGCAGUGUCUUACUCCGCCACAGCCAGAAGGAAGCGAUGGACACACAGUUUACUCUACAGGUUGUUCAGAUUUCGACAGUCUGUUUGCUGAUCCAAAAAAUCCCUGCACUCCCAAUAUCACCUUGUGCACCAGAGGACAUCUCCACCAGUCUGAACUGUGCCACCAAGAGUACAUCAGUGGCCUGGGAGGAGAGUGAUGGGGCGAUGUGGUACAUUACAACAGCAGAAGGACAAGAUGGACACAUUUCACAGUGUAACACAACGGGGACAAGCUGUGAAUUCAUGGACCUGCACUGUAGUCAAACGUACUCACUAACUGUAACAGCGAUGGACAGUUACUGUCAGAGUAUAAGUGUCGUUAUUGAAACUGAUCCAGCGGAGGGCAGCGAUGGACACACGGCCACUUGUACCACGUCCGAAACAAACUGUGUAAUCCCAGAUCUUCACUGCAGCCAAACGUACAGCAUUUCCGUCCUCGCAAUUGGUGAAACCUGCAGCAGUCUCCAAGGCUCCAGUUACGAAAUUCAUACAGCUUCAUGCGCUCCAGGAGAAAUCAUUACGAAUGUGGAUUGUACCUCUAAUAAAGUGGUAGCAUCUUGGGGAAGAACUGUUGGAGCGAUCGCGUACGAUGUAACAGCUGAAGGAAGUGAUGGGCACACACACUCAGACAACACCACAGACACGCGCUAUGAAAUGCUGGAUUUACACUGUGGACAAUCCUAUAACAUAACCGUAACAACUCUGAGAUACAGCAGGGACGGCAUUUCAAGUACUUCUGCACAAAUACAAACUGCACCCUGCAUUCCUGAGAAUCUCACAGCUGAGCUGAAUUGUGAUAUGAAUACUGUAUCGUUCUGGUGGGAUGAAGCUGAUGGCGCAAAGUUAUACAUUGUUACUCUUCGAGACAGUCAAAGAGAAACAACUUCAUUCAACACAAGUGAUACAAGGGCUCAAACCCAAGAGCUGCAGUGUGGUGAAUAUUAUACAAUCUCUGUUCUAGCAACAGAUGAUAUCUGCAGGAGACCCCAGCCAGCAGUGGUCAAUGUACAUGCAGCUCCCUGCAGUCCCCAGAAUGUAAGUGCUCACAUGAACUGUACAGCACGCACAACAUCAGUGUGGUGGGAACAGAGUGAAGGUGCAAUGUUCUACACGGCCAUUGCAGAAGGAAUGGAAGGAGACAGAUACUCAUGCAAUGCAACAGUGGCAAACUGUGAGAUCCUGGGCCUCCCAUGUGGCCAGACGUACAGCAUAACUGUGUUAGCAAUGGAUGAGAUUUGCACCAGUUUACCAAGUCAAGAGUUUGAAAUUGAAACAGUACCUUGUAUCCCACAGAACAUGGUCGCUCACAUCAACUGUGAUAAUAACACCGUCUCAGUGUUUUGGGAUCCUAGCAAUGGCACAGAGAUAUACAACGUGGUUGCAAAAGCAAUUACUGGACAUUGGGCCUCCUGCAAUACAACAGGCACUGAAUGUGAGGUCUCUGAUGUGCACUGUGGUCUGAACUACUAUAUAACGGUAGAGGCAAUCCGCAUGGAGUGUAACAGCGCACAAAGCUCUGCUUUCACAGUUAAAACAGUACCGUGUGUGCCCCAGAAUGUUGACGCUCACAUGGACUGUGAUGCUGGACAUAUGUCGGUCUCCUGGGAGUUCAGUGAAGGUGCAAUAUCAUACAUGGCUACUGCAGAAGGGAGCAACGUGCAGCAAUGCAGUGCCAAUGAUACACUGUGUGAUAUCACCGACCUGCACUGUGGAGAGACCUACACCCUCUCAGUUUUUGCGAUUGAUGACACCUGUGACAGUGCUGAAAGUCCUUCCAUCACAAGGAGAACAGUUUCGUGCAUCCCACAGCAUCUUGAUGUCCAGUUGGACUGUGACACAAACGAUGCCUCAGUGCUGUGGAGCCACACUAAAGGUGCCGUGUCUUACUCCGCCACAGCAGAAGGAAGCAACUGGCACACAGCUUCCUGCAAGACAGUCAACGAAGAGUGUCAGAUUACCAACCUAUACUGUGGCCAAGUGUAUAAUGUAACUGUGACAGCACAGGAUGGUGUGUGUGACAACUCACAGCCGCCUCCGUUUCAAUUCUGCACUGCACCUUGUGCACCAGAGGACAUCUACACCAGUCUGAACUGUGACACCAAGAGUACAUCAGUGGCCUGGGAGGAGAGUGAUGGGGCGAUGUGGUACAUUACAACAGCAGAAGGACAAGAUGGACACAUUUCACUGUGUAACACAACGGGAACAAGCUGUGAAUUCAUGGACCUGCACUGCAGUCAAAUGUACUCACUAACUGUAACAGCGAUGGACAGUUACUGUCAGAGUGUAAACACCUCCGUUUUUGAAACUGAAACAGCUCCUUGUACCCCUCAGAACGUACACGCUGAUAGUGUUGGAGUCACUGCCUCUGUAACAUGGGAGCUGAGUAAUCUCACAGUGUGGUACGCUGCAACAGCGGAGGGCAGCGAUGGACACACGGCCACUUGUACCACGUCCGACACAAACUGUCUAAUCCCAGAUCUUCACUGCAGCCAAACGUACAGCAUCUCCGUCCUCGCAUUUGGUGAAACCUGCAGAAGUCUCCAAGGCUCCAGUUAUGAAAUUUACACAGUUUGCUACUGCCAUUUGCAUCCGCCUUUGUAUUCUACAGCACCUUGUGCCCCAGAUGAAAUCAUUGCCAACGUGGACUGUGAUUCCAACAGAGUGGUGGUAUCUUGGGGAAGGAUUGAUGGGGCGAUCUCGUACGAUGUAACUGCUGAAGGAAGUGAUGGGCACACACACUUGCAUAAUACAACAGAGACACGCUAUGAAAUGCUGGAUUUACACUGCGGACAAUCCUACAACAUAACUGUAACAACCUUGACCUACAUACGGCACGGAAUUUCAAGUACUUCUAUACAAAUUCAAACUGUGCCUUGCGCCCCGCAGAAUGUCAAAGUGCAGCUUGACUGUGCCCUCAAUACGGCCCUGGUACUGUGGGACCAUAGCAAAGGAGCUCUGUGGUAUGGUGCUGUGGUAGAAGGAACUGAUGGGAACAACAUACUGUGCAGCACAGCAGAAUCAUCUUGUAGAACUCGCACGUUACUCUGCGGCCAGUUAUAUCAUGUGUAUGUUGUGGCAUCUGAUAGCGCGUGUAACCAUUCUGUGAGUUCCACAGUUGAAAUCCAAACAGGUAACAUCUACUAUCGUUUUAUUGACUGAUGUUGCAUAUUCUCAUUAGAAAAUUGCAGCAAUGUUCGGUGGGCCGAAGGGCCUGUUUCCGCGCGGUAUCUCUGAACUAAACUGUUAAUGCUGUAUUCUUAAUUAUUAUCUUUUCCUAGAAAUGUAAUAUCUCACACCUAUGCAUUGUAUAUUAAAUUUGACAUCCAUUGACCUCUACAUUGUCUUGCAAUCCACAUCAGUCAACAUUCCAGCACAGUUGCUAACCAUAAUAGACAUUGAAAGUCUCCACAUUCACACCGAAAGUG